AUAUAAAUGUGAUAAGCCUAGCUAUCUGUAAAUAAACAUAACCAACAAAACCAACCGACUGCGGAAGUCGUCCCACCUUCCCUUUAGCACCAGAACAAGAAGCCAAAAAACAAAUAGUUAAAAAUAAAAUAAAAUAAGAGCAUUUGGCUGGCCACACUCAACUUGAAUCCAUUCACAUUCCGAUUUCGAUCCGCCCCGACUUCACUCAUGAGCUCCGGCGCGUCCGAUUCCUCUGGAGGCCCCUGCGCUUCGACGUCGCCCGCCGACAAGGACAAGCAGAAGGAGAAGGCCCGCGUCAGCCGUACCUCUCUCAUACUCUGGCACGCCCACCACAACGACGUCGCCGCCGUCCGCAAGCUCCUCGAGGAGGAUCGCUCUCUCGUCCACGCCCGCGACUACGACAACCGCACUCCGCUCCACGUGGCUUCCCUCCACGGCUGGAUCGAUGUCGCCAAUUGCCUUAUUGAGUAUGGCGCCGAUGUCAACGCCCAAGAUCGCUGGAAAAACACCCCUCUAGCUGAUGCAGAAGGAGCUAAGAAGCAUACAAUGAUUGAGCUUCUAAAAUCGUAUGGUGGCUUGUCUUAUGGCCAAAAUGGAAGCCAUUUCGAACCGAAACCGGUGCCACCCCCUCUGCCCAACAAGUGUGAUUGGGAAAUUGAACCGGCUGAGCUCGACUUCUCCAGCUCAGUUACCAUCGGGAAGGGCUCUUUUGGUGAGAUUUUAAAAGCACAUUGGCGUGGAACACCAGUAGCUGUCAAACGCAUUCUUCCAUCCCUUUCGGGUGAUAGAUUGGUGAUUCAGGACUUCCGUCAUGAAGUUAAUUUGCUAGUGAAGCUUCGUCACCCUAAUAUAGUCCAAUUUCUUGGAGCUGUUACUGAGAAGAAGCCCCUUAUGCUAAUAACGGAAUAUUUAAGAGGGGGUGAUCUUCAUCAAUACCUCAAGGAAAAGGGUGCACUUAGUCCUUCAACAGCUAUCAACUUUGCCUUAGACAUUGCCCGAGGCAUGGCUUAUCUUCACAACGAGCCAAAUGUCAUAAUUCACCGAGACCUGAAACCAAGGAAUGUUCUCUUAGUCAAUUCCAGUGCAGACCAUUUAAAAGUUGGAGAUUUCGGACUAAGCAAGCUCAUCAAGGUUCAGAAUUCUCAUGAUGUGUACAAGAUGACUGGCGAAACUGGAAGUUACCGCUAUAUGGCUCCUGAAGUUUUUAAGCACCGGAGAUAUGAUAAGAAGGUUGAUGUGUUCUCUUUUGCAAUGAUAUUAUAUGAGAUGCUUGAAGGGGACCCACCGCUAUCAAACUACGAGCCUUAUGAAGCAGCCAAAUAUGUGGCAGAAGGACACAGGCCAUUGUUUCAUGGAAAAGGGCACACCCCUGAACUGAAAGAGUUAAUAGAGCAGUGUUGGGCUGCUGACAUGAACCAAAGACCAUCUUUCUUGGAAAUUCUCAAAAGGCUUGAGAAGAUAAAGGAAAAAACUUUACAGGCAGAUCAUCACUGGAACAUAUUUAACACAUAAACUUGAAAGUGAUGGCGCUGUCAGGUACAUAAGUGAUCCUCUGCCAGUCACUUGUAGUCCCAAAAUGUGCAGAUGGGAUUGUGAAUAGGCUUAAAGUGAGAAAGCUUGCGAUUGUGACUAUUGUUCUACAAUAUUCUGUUUCAGAUUCUUAUUGUGAACGGAGGAGGUAUUUUCCUCAGUUUCUACAUAACAGUAUGCCUUUGUCUGAACAAACUUAUCCAGAAAAUCUCAUCGGAUUAACAUAUAUAUAGAGAUUUCAUGUUUUGGCUGGAUAAUCUCCUUUUCGUAUCUUUCAAUUGUAAUUUGUUGUAGCCACUUUAAGUGAUGUUGAGAACAGAUAUAUGUUAGACAAGAUUAUAUCUUAUCUUGUCUUGCUUUAAUAAUUGAAUAAAAGUUCUCCGCCUUGGAAUGAUA